AUGCACGGUACAGCCCGUUUGCCGCGCCACUCCGUGCAGACAGCUCCCCCAGUCGUGGUUCGGACCGGGAACCGCACCCCAGGGAUCGACGCGGUCGAAGACACAUGCGUAGUCCUCGAUCACGGCGGGCAGGAAACGGCCGUACCAAGAACCUUUUCGACUUCACCCAUGGCGCCAGCUUGUAAUGCCGUCGGUUGGACACCAUCACUGACUCGAUUAACCGGCGGCAGAGGCUCCUCGUCAUCCAGGGGCGCCAGCAGUGAAGAGAAAAGCAUCUACUUUGCCUUACACACGCUCGCCAUCGGGUGGCAUGAGACCAGCCCCUGA